GAAUUUUUAUAGGCGACAUUUUUUUUUUCUCUUUUUGUUUUUUAUAUUAACAAUCUUACAUCUAUGUUUCGUCCUAAUACAGCAGCGACAGACUUGAACGAAUUUCCUGUUCUUGGAACCCCUCCACCAACGAUGAAUAGAGCUUCAGCUGUACCCAAUCGACUUGCAAGCUAUGCUUCUACAGCUGGCAAUGGUUUUCAAGAGCCCCUCGAAACCAGUGACUUUAAUAAGUUGAGCUCCUUUUCGAAUAGAAACAAUUUUAAUGGAGUAGCUCCUUCAGCAGAUCAACUAUCAAGCAGAAACCUUGCGCCGAGAUCUUUUUCAAUGGAUGAAUUCCCAGCGCUACGUAGCGCCGUUUCGCCUUUUGAUAACUCAAUAGGUAGAGAAUCUGGAAAGCCAGAGCAAUGGUUAGACUAUGCUAAUUUAAGAGAGCAACAACAACAACAGCAGCAACAACAACAACAAGGAGGAAAGCCAUUUCCAGAAAAGAAUGAAUUAUCAGAUUCUUGGGCGAGAAAACAAGAUGAACUAUCAAGUGAUGGAAAACCAGCGGAUCCAUAUGGAUUACUAGGACUCUUGGGAGUCAUUCGGAUGACUGAUCCCGAUCGUAGUAUGUUGGCGCUGGGUAGUGACUUAACCACACUUGGCUUAGAUUUGAAUACAGCAGAAUCGAUAUAUUCAACAUUUAUAUCUCCUUGGUCAGAUACACAAAGCUUACCAGGACUCAAUGUUGAACCAGGCUACUACUUACCUCCGUGCUAUCGUCAUGUACAAGCAACACCGCCUGCACAUCAGCGCAUGAGAACAUUCUCUGAUGAAAUCCUGUUUUAUGUGUUUUAUUGUAUGCCAAAAGACAUCGCCCAGGAGGCAGCAGCACAAGAACUAUAUGCACGUAACUGGCGUUAUCAUAAGGAAUUAGGGCUAUGGUUAACAAAAGAAACAGACGAAAAUGGUAGACCUGUACAAAGCUUUCGAAGGACAUCUCCAAAUGGUCUGGAUCGUGGUGUGUAUGUCUUCUUUGACCCAACAACUUGGCAAAAAGUGAAAAGAGAGUGGACAUUAUCUUGGGAUGCUCUUGAAGAAAGAUCUCAACCAAGUCAACAGCAACAGGGCCCAUCAAACCCUUCGUCAAGUAAUUCGAAUAGAGUGAUAAUGUAGACUGCCCUCAAUUGCUUACU